GCGCGCCUGCGCCCUGCGCGGCCGGGGGCUGCUGACGCAGCGGGGCGGAGCGGGGCUGGCGCGGCGCUGAGGGGACGCGGCGGGACCGGGACUGGGACCGGGACCGGGGCCGCGGCCGCCACCGCGACAGCGGGCGGGAGCACCGCGGGGAGCCGGCGAGUGCCAAGCGCUGCCCCGGGGGCCGGAGCCCGGAGCCCGGAGCGGGAGGAGAAGCACUGAGCGAGCCGCUGGCGGGGAAGGGGCUGCUCGGUCGCGCCGCCCGGGCUGUGCGCGGCAGGGGCCGCCCCGGGCCCGCGGAGCCUCCCGGAGCUCCUAGGGAAGGGCAGGCCCGUGGCGAAGGUCUGGUUUUCUCUGGAUGCUGCCAAAGCUGUGGAUCAGCAUGUGACUCUUCCGUUAUUUAUAAGAAAACCCACACAGUAUAUUUCAGUGAUGCUUUUGCUUUACAAAUUGUUGUAAAACCUGGAUACUCUGCUAGUAAUACGUCAGUGAUCAGCUGAUAUCUCUGGAACAUCCUAAACUAUGAAAAGUGUUGCAGAGAAAGAAGACAUGGCAGCCAUUGCUGUUGGAAAGAAAGAAGUCACCAGAGAUCUAGAUCACUGUGAUAUCCCAUACUAUGUUUCUGAAUUUGUGGAAAGAGAAGUUGGAAAUGACUAUGAUUCUCUGAGGAAGCUAGACAACCUUAUUGAUAAGCUAUCUGAGAAUAAAAAGCAGUUAGAAGAACAGGUCCUUACAGUUUCAUCAGAAGUCCCUAAAAGAAUCCAGAAUGCCUUGAAGAAUGCAGAAGAUUCUAAAAAGUCUCUGAGUCGGCUUCUAGAGGAAGAAACGCUUCUGUCUGAGUCAGUCAGUAGCCACUUAGAGAAAGCUCAGCUCUGGAUGGAGGAGCUCCAUGUACUGAUUAGUCAAGUGGAAGAGAUUGAACGGCACUUGGCCUAUCUUAAAUGGAUUUCACGAAUAGAAGAGCUGAGUGAUAGCAUUCAGCAGUACCUGAUGACCAACAACGUUCCAGAGGCAGCCAGUACUCUUGCAUUCAUGGCAGAACUGGAUAUUAAACUUCAGAAGUCAUCUUGUUCUCACCUGCUUGCUUUUAUGAGAUCCACUGUUAAAUUCUGGCAUAAAAUUCUGAAGGACAAGUUGUCGAGUGACUUUGAAGAGGUCCUAACCCAGCUCUGCUGGCCGUUUGUGGGGCCACCACAGUCUCAGGCAUUUGGCCUUCCUGCUCCAGCCAGUGCUCCUGAUGUGUACAACAACCUGGAGAUGUUGUUUUGUCAGCUUCUGAAAUUGCAAACCUCAGAUGAACUGUUAACCAAACCUAAACAGCUGCCAGAAAAGUACUCUUUACCCCCAUCACCACCAAUAAUCCUUCCGAUACAGAUCAUGCUGAAUCCUCUUCAGAAAAGAUUCAAGUACCAUUUCACUGGAAACAAACAAACCAAUGUUUUAAACAAGCCUGAGUGGUAUCUAACACAAGUGCUCAUGUGGAUUGGAAAUCAUGCAAAGUUCCUUGAUGACAAAAUCCAGCCAAUUCUGGACAAGGCAGGAUCUUCAGUGAAUGCUGGGCUUGAAUUCUCUCGUGCUCUGGUUAUGCUGAUUUUGGAGAAGCUGGCUGCUGAUAUUCCGUGCCUGUUGUAUGAUGAUACGCUCUUUUGUCACCUGGUGGAUGAGGUACUUCUAUUUGAGAGAGAGUUAUACAGCGUUCAUGGUUAUCUCAGCAGCUUGCCCAGUUGCAUGCAUAUUCUGUCAGAAGAAUCCUGCUUCCAAAGGUGGCUAACAGUGGAAAAGAAAUUUGCUCUUCAGAAAAUGGACUCCAUGCUUUCCUCAGAGGCUGCGUGGGUAUCGCAGUACAAAGACAUCACUGAUGUAGAUGAAAUGAAAGUCCCAGACUGUGCCGAAACUUUUAUGACUCUCUUGUUAGUUAUAACAGACAGGUAUAAGAACCUUCCAACAGCUUCCAGGAAACUACAGUUCCUGGGCCUACAGAAGGAGUUAGUUGAUGAUUUCAGGAUACGAUUAACUCAAGUAAUGAAGGAAGAGACUAGAGCUUCCUUAGGAUUCCGAUACUGCGCGAUCCUCAAUGCUGUUAACUACAUAGCAACAGUGUUGGCAGACUGGGCUGACAAUGUAUUCUUCUUGCAGCUCCAGCAGGCCGAACUGGAGGUUCACGUGGAAAGCAAUGCUGUCAGUAAGCUCCAGCUAGGGCAGCUGGCUUCGAUGGAGAGCUCCGUCUUUGAUGAAAUGAUUAACCUCCUGGAACGCCUGAAGCACGACAUGCUGACUCGUCAGGUAGAUCAUGUCUUCAGAGAGGUCAAAGAUGCUGCGAAGCUGUACAAAAAAGAGAGGUGGUUGUCUUUGCCAUCUCAAGCAGAGCAAGCAGUGAUGUCUCUGUCGAGCACAGCUUGCCCAAUGUUGCUGACCCUGCGGGACCGCUUGCUGCAACUGGAACAGCAGCUCUGCCACUCGCUGUUCAAGAUUUUCUGGCAAAUGCUUGCGGAGAAAGUGGAUAUAUACAUCUAUCAGGAAAUAAUUAUGGCAAAUCAUUUCAAUGAAGGAGGAGCAGCCCAGCUCCAGUUUGACAUGAGCAGGAAUCUGUUCCCUUUAUUUUCACACUACUGCAAGAGGCCAGAAAACUACUUCAAGCACAUAAAAGAAGCCUGCAUUAUCCUGAACCUGAAUGUAGGCUCUGCCUUGCUUCUGAAGGAUGUACUGCAGUCAGCUGCAGACAAUGAGACGUUUAAGCCAAACCAACCCUCUGCAACAGCAGCACUAAAUGAACUUGGAGUUUACAAAUUAGCACAGCAGGAUGUUGAGAUUCUUCUCAACUUGAGAGCCAGUUGGCCAAACACAGGAAAAUAAAGACUUCUUCAGAAAUGCUUGAUAGCUUGGUCUACAUUGCUUAUUUCAAACAAAAGCAAAACUAGUAUGUUGUAAUACGCUGCUUGGUUUUUCAGUGCUGUGUGCUGAGCGACUGGUUUAAAUCUAAUCUUACUCCUUGUUGUACACAGCUUUAAAAAUAUUUCAAAAUGGGACUGCGUUGGUUUCCAACCGCACAGAUCUUUUCCACAGCCACCUUGCCAGUGCAUUUAGGAGCUAAAACUGACUUCAUCUUGAAGGAGUGUAUGUCUGCCCUGCCAAUGCGUGUGCUGUAACAUCAUUCUAAGGAGCACAGAGUGCUGUGAAUACAUCUGUGUAUGAUGUGGGCAACUCUUCCCUAUGAUCUUGUCCACCUUUACUUCACCUUUACAGAUGUUUUACAUCUCUACAUCCCAGGUAAUGGGUGUUCUGUAUUAAAAUGUGUAUAAACUUGAACAGAGAAGGAAGGAA